UAAGUGCGUGCACGCAUGUGAUGACUUAUAGAAAGUAAGUAGGGGUUCAAGGCGCAUAUAGGUACUCAGUUUUUCGCCUAAAUAUAUUAUCCAAAAUUGUUCCGUUUAUUGUUCGCGUAUCUGUUGGUAUACCCUAUAUGUUCUACUGUAGACGUUUUAAUUUCCUCUACGCCUUUCAGAAACAGAGGAGCCUGCAGGAGGCGAUGUAGACUCCAGUGAGGAAUGUGGAACACAGAUGUGCAUCCAGUGUGUCUGUGUGUGUGUGUGUGUGUGUGUGAGAGAGAGAACCAUAGACUGUAAAAAGAACAGAGCACAGCUUUUGCAUUGUGUGCUAGGCUACGUCAUUGUGAUCCCCGAGAAUUCUCUCUGCUCCCCACAUCGUCACUCCGACCGGUCCUCGACUCUGAAACGUCUUCGACUAGAUAGUAUCACCAGGUCAAUCUAAUGGGACAAUCGAGGCGUUUGAUUCCAUUUGCCUCGUCGCACUGAGGUUGGAGAGAAGGACAUUAGCCUACCACCCCGAAGUGAAAAUCAAACCCCAACGAAAUGACAACCAAGGAGUCAGAGAAUGUGGGUCUCUCCAUACCACUGUGCAUCUACAACGGGGCUUCCCAAACCAACGGAACCUGCAUGGACCAAAUGGACCGCUUCUUCCAGCCGUUCUCCUCUACCUUUGCGCUCAUGGUGCUGGUGGCCAUGAUCAUUGGGAUAAUAUUGGUUUCCCUGGCAGCAUUUCACUUUAACAAGAGGAGGAUGAAGAAGAGGAAGAUCCAGCGUGCCCAGGAGGAAUACGAGCGUGACAACCGCAGCCCGUCCACCAAGACGAAGAGAGAACCCACGAGACCAUCCAUUAUUGUCCGACCGUCGCCUCCAGAUAGUGAACACCGCCCACACUCCGUUGUCCAAAAUACCAGUUGUCACAUUCAGGAGGACCCUGGUACCUUACCCAUUGCAAAUAAUGAGUCAGAAUUGGAUAAGGCACACAUUGAGAAAGGAAAUGGACAAGUCCUGGAAACGGUCAUCUUGUCUUGAUAACGCUGCAGUUGAAAAUGUUGGGACUUUGUAAAUAGACAACAUAUCUACGUUAUAGUUCAGGUGUAACUGACUGAAAGAAACUCUUAACAUCACUUUGGGAUUAACUGGGAUAAGCAAUAUGGCACAAAAACAAACACUCUGACCUCAAGGAACUAUGGUUGCCAUUUCAUCAUAAAUCACACUGAGUGGAUUCAUAUCUGUGCCACGUGUAUAAAAGUAGAAUAAUUCAGUAUAUUAUAAUACAUUUGUGGGAUAAUUUCAGCAAAGGACCAUUUGGUAAAGUAUUCUACAUUGAAGACAGGCUAUGCGUGAAGGAUAAUGAUACCCACUAGAAAGAGUGCUGUCCAUGGUGCUGAAAUGUAUAUUCAUGUGCCGCUAGCACAUUUCCUUGUGUAGAUGUAAAUUGCUAGUCGUCCUUAAAGUAUUCUAAAGUAUUUAUUUCUACAACUACUAUUCUACUCCUGGACUUGCACAUGUUAGAAUUAGAUUUCUAACUAAAGGCAUUUUCCCUAAAAGUUCAUUCAACCUUUUUAAAAGUAACUGUCCAGUGAAAAUCUCACUUUUAAAAGUUCAUAUUCUGUUAUCUCAUACCCAAAUAAGGUUGUUGACUCAUCCUAUACACGUAUGCGACCAAAGCAUAAAAAUAAACCUCAAACUUGUUUCUCAAACAGACCAUUUCGAAAAUGCUUGCUAUUUCCUCACAGAGGAUUAUGUCAUCCUCCCGAGGAGAAUGAGCUGGCCAAUCAACAGUCUACCCGCAUUCAUAUUUUUUCAGUGAUAUGCGCACAAUUCUGUUGUUUGAAUACACCCACACCAUUCCAACAUAUAAAAACAUAAUUAACCUUUUUUGGAAGGAAUACUAACUAUUUCAAUCAUAUAUAAUAGAAAUCUGGAAACACUGGACAGUUACUUUAAAACCAGUACCACAUAACACGAUUGACUUUAUACAUCAUUCAGUAGCUACUGUCAGGCUUGAAAUGGGUGACAUAGCACAUUUUAUGUAAUAUGCUCUGGUGACCUGCAUUCCUCUUAGUGUUAAUCCAUUUUAUUUCGACAAUGCUUUCAAAAGUAGAGCAAGUAGAUGUCGGAAGAUGCCUUGAGAGGAACUAGACUCCGAUUGGCAUGUGCUAUGUAUGGCACCGUUUUCCAAAGUUUUACAGGAGCUAUCAAAUAAAGCUUUUAUGUCAUGUUUGAAAA